AUGUUUAUAUACAUACAUGUGUCAAAAUCUCCAAAAUUUGAUCGUUCAUCAGAAAUUGUUUCGGUUGUUGUUGGCAAACGUAUAAUAUUACCAUGUUAUGUACAAGACGCUAGUCAAUUUAAGGUAAUAUGGAUGAAAAUGAAUAAUAGUUCGAUAUUAACAAUGGAUGAUCGUGCUGUUAAUGGUGAUUCACGAGUAACGUUGUUACAUGCUUAUGCUGAUGAAUGGAAUUUACAAAUCGAUGAUGUUGAUGAAGAUGAUGCCGGCGUCUAUCGGUGUGUACUAAAUAAUGGAAUGUAUAAAACGUUAACACUUCAAGUCAAAACUCCACCACAAAUUAUUGAUGAACAAUCUACCGAAUCUUAUCCAGCACCAAUUCUAUCUGGAUCUAAUUUCACAUUAAAAUGUUAUGGAAGCGGUCGUCCAUCACCAAAAAUACGUAUACUAUCAUUUGAUCAAGCUGAAAAUACCAAAAUUAUUGGGGAGCAUAAUGAAGUCAUUUUAUAUAAUGUAUCUCGACAUACGCGAAAACGUUAUGAGUGUAUUGCGAGCAAUGGUGUUCCACCUGAUGUUGCCCGAUCAUUUCAAUUGACUGUACAAUAUCCACCAGAAAUAACCCUAUUACUAUCAACACAUGAUAAUACUAUUUAUAAUAAUAGGAAUCAAUUGCUUGUGGAUUUGGCACAAGAAUUACGUAUUAAAUGUCAAAUAACAAUGUAUCCAUUUGGUAAAAUAUUUUGGACAAAAAAUGAUAUUCGUAUCGACAAAUAUCAAGAUAAUUAUGAACAAUACGCUUCAUCUUAUUCAGAUAACCAUGUUGUUGCUGAAUUGUAUAUUAAACAAGUUAAUUAUAAAGAUUUUUGUUCAUUUUCUUGUUUUGCCAUUAAUGAUCUUGGUAUCAAUUCAAAAACAGUACACUUAGUAGAAAAACCAACAUCCACAACAUCUACUACAACUGUAUUAACAACUACAAUAUCGAUGACAUCGACAUCAUCAAAUUUAGGCAGUGAACGGUUGUUAUAUAGUCGUGGAUCAUAUAUCAAUAUGAAUAAACAACGUCAACGAAAAUGGCCAAAGUAUUCUACUCUUACGAAUUCAACAUCUUUGAAUAUUAUUCAUCAACGAGAAGCAGAAAAUCUACGAGUUAGCAUUUCAUCAAAAGGUAAGCAAUAUUGA